AUGGUUUCCAGGCAGUGCAUGGCUCUGUUUCUCCACUUGCUGCUGCUGAUUCCUCUUUCUCUGGAUGCAGUCUUUCUGAAGCAGGAGGAGGCAAGCAGCGUUUUGCUGAGGCAGAGACGAGCCAACAGCUUCUUUGAGGAGAUAAAACGUGGGUCUCUAGAGCGAGAGUGCAUGGAAGAGAAGUGUUCCUUUGAGGAAGCCAGAGAGAUUUACCACGAUGAUAAGAGGACAAAAGAGUUCUGGCACAUCUAUUCCGACCCCAACCAGUGUGAGCCCAACCCCUGCCAGAACGGCGGCAGCUGCGACGACCAGUUCCAGGAUUACGUUUGCCGCUGUCCCUCGGAAUACGAGGGCAAAAGCUGUGAAAAAGCCAGAGCUGAGACGCUGAAGUGCAUUUAUGAGAACGGUGGCUGUGAACAGUACUGUGCUGACAGCCAGGCUGGGAAACGAGUCUGCUUCUGUGCAGAGGACUACACUUUAGCCAGGGAUGGUGUGUCCUGCCUUCCCCAAGUGAAAUACCCAUGUGGAAAAAUACAAGUGCUGGCAAAAAAUAAUGCAACUGCACGAGGGAGAAUAGUAGGUGGUUUAAUCUGCCCUCCAGGUGAAUGUCCAUGGCAAGCCCUUCUAAUACAUAACCAGAGAGAAAAGUGUGGUGGCAGCCUGCUUUCCCCAGAGUGGGUGGUCACUGCAGCUCACUGCUUGGAGUACAUUGAUCCCCAAGAGCUCCGGGUGAGAUUGGGUGAACACAAAAUUAAUCACGAGGAGAAUACUGAGCAAGAAAGUGGAGUUUCCAGGGUGAUCCUGCAUGAAGGAUACACGUAUGGAGAAGUCAACAACGACAUUGCCCUCCUGAGGCUGGAAACACCCGUGAACCUCACCGACUACGUGGUGCCAAUAUGUUUGCCAGAGAAACGGUUUGCGGUGCACGAACUGUCCUCCAUCAAGUUCUCCACAGUGAGCGGGUGGGGACGCUUACUAGAUGGAGGUGCCACCUCUUCUGUUCUGAUGAGAGUUGAUUUGCCACGUGUAAAGACACAGGAAUGUGAAAAGGAGACUGAUUUAAAUAUUACAGAGAAUAUGUUCUGUGCAGGAGACCUGACCGGCGUGAAGGACGCCUGCAAAGGAGACAGUGGUGGGCCUCAUGCUACAAAGUACAAGAACACUUGGUUUCUGACUGGGAUUGUCAGCUGGGGAAAGGGCUGUGCUGUGGAAGGCAGCUAUGGGGUUUACACAAGGGUUUCCAAAUACAUUGACUGGUUGAAGAAGCACAUGGAUUGA